UCCUUGCCGAGCCAUGAAGUCUUCCAACAGAUAGCUAUGGUGUCGCUGGUAGGUAUCACCUGCCAUGUACUCCCCAGACAUCGAUUCCCUACUCCUAUAUUGUGGCCCAUCACUCUGUCCUCGCUCGUCUAUUACUAGGCCCCAAUCUCGGGGCCCUGCCGCUCGAGCAUGACGGCAUCAACCCCCUCGACCGUAUCCCGCUAUGGCCCCGCCGUGCUGUUCCUCACAGGAGUAUCGGCUGGGUAUGCGGCAUAUGUUAUAUACAAUACUCUCCAAUCCUCCACACCCACAGACGGUCUCCACCGCAGCAAUGCUGUUCGCAGACGGCGGCCGCGAGACUCAGCACCAGCACCGUCCGUGCUGCCACUGAGCGAGCAAGACAUACCUUCGCUGGGCGAGUACCAUGUCCUGACUACCAGAGUGCUGCUUGAUCCUCACAACUUGGUCACGCCUGCGGAGCUGCGCAGCAUCAUUCUGCGCGCCCAGCCAGACGCCAGCGAGGAGACUAUAAAUCACCUCUCCGGGCGCACAUACGAAGAGUUCUUCGAUCGACUGCUUGUAGUGCACUCGCCCGACCGUGCCCUUUCGCCGUCAGAAGUCGAUGCUCUUCUGACCUGGUUGACCGAACGUAACCCGAACAACCCAGCAUUAGAUCGCGAUGCAAUAGCCCGCGCAGCGACAUGGCAUGCGCAAAUGUUUGGAAACACGGACAGCCUUGCGCUGGAUGGUGGAGAGAGCGUCGCGCCCACAGAAUUGUCUCUGGGAAGUGACGAGGACCCGGACGAUGAUGCCAUUGAUCCAGAGGGCCAAACCCUUCAGCGCACCCUGUACCACAUCGCGGAAGACCGUGCCAGACUGGAAGGCGUAGUCCAUCGCGGAAUCACAUGUAACGGCUGUGACGAGAAGCCCAUUCGGGGAACUAGAUGGCACUGUGCAAACUGCCCAGACUUCGACCUAUGCUCCAACUGCGAAGCAACCAACUCGCACUACAAGAACCAUAUAUUCUACAAGAUACGCGUACCUGCAGGCUACCUGAGUUUGCAGAAACAAGAACCGGUUUACCCGGGAAAGCCUCACAUGAUGAACCUUUCGAUCGAAUCGGCAUUGAAGAGGCGUCUGGUAGCUGAGACAAAGAUGGAGGCUGAGGAGGUUGAGGCGUUGUGGGAUCAGUUCACCUGUUUGGCAGGGGCAGAGUGGACCGAGGACCCAAACAAUAUAGGAUGGGCUAUCGACCGACGCGAUUUCAAUCACGCAUUCGUACCGCGCUACAAUGGCUUCCCUGCUGCACCGAAUCUCGUUUACGAUCGCAUCUUCGCAUACUAUGACACAGACAAGAACGGGCUCAUUGGUUUUGAAGAAUGGAUCAAAGGACUUGACGGAAUGCAUACCACAGAUGUGGAUGUAAAGGCCAAGAUCGUCUUCGACGGAUAUGACAUUGAUGGAGAUGGUUAUGUCUCGCGCAAAGACAUACUACGCAUCUUCCGUGCUUAUUACUCGAUCGAGAAGGAAGCUACCCGGAACUACAUCAUGGAGCUUUCUGAAGAGGUAACGGUGCGCAGUGCCCUUGAUACUAUCCGGUCUAGUCAGCCCUUGGGCUCUGCAUUUCCGCCUCGCAGCAUGAAUGCCUCCAACACAAGCAACCCCCGUUUACGGCAAAAGCAGGAGGGUGACAUAGACAUACCCUCACCUGUGCUCGAACGGAACACCGACGUCGCAGAGCGGAAUGAGAUCCUCAGGACCACCGACCUCCAGCAUAUUGUGCCCGAUGAAGUAUCCGGUGAGCAACAAGCCAACAUCUUGAACCAAAGAUGGGCCCGCAGGCAAUACUACAUUGAUGAAGAGGAAGGAUUCACACAACCAAAUGGAGCAGAUGGCCAAAGCCCACUUGAGGGACAGGCUCAAUUUGGUGGUUCCGCAGACGCAAGCGAGGAAUAUCCCCGAAACAGAAGUUCGCGUUCAUCAUCAAGGGUCCGUUUCCAGGAAGACGUAGAUCUAGAAACACGGUCAAAUGCCUCCUCUUCAAGGCCUUUUGGAGAACGUUGGGGUGGAUUUGAGAUACCCGAACCUGAGCAAGACCUCUGUAAAGAGGUACUGUAUCAGGUUACACAGCAAGGGUUUAACGAAUUACUCAACCCGCUGUUUCUUGAAAAAGAAGACAUGGCUAUGGACGCCCAGGACACACGCAGUGAGCGCCGCUCAAGAGCUGCCGAUAUCGAGUCUACGAUUACGCAUCUCUUCACAGCCAGGAAAGCCGACGUUGAAGUCAUUCUCCAGGUUGGCAUCUUUCGGUUCUCUAAAUGCAUGGUAGACAAGUUCUGCUGGGCGCUGAACUAUGGAGAAUCAAAUAUCCAGAAUUUGUUCGUGAAUCCCAUUCAUCACGGACCACGCACCGAUGAGGAGGUUCGAGCGGCAGUAGAGGCUAUCUACAAUUCUGUUGAAGCAAAAGUUUUGAGCUCCGUUAAGAAUCCUAAGCCAAGCAAUGCCGACAACAUGACAAUAUGGAACAUGUAUAUGUGCCAGUAUCAGCUUCGGGAGGAGGCCAUUAAUGCAUUCAUGAGCUGUGCAGAAAAGCAGGGAUGGCUACCAUGCUCUGUUCCGAGUAAAAGUCCAGUUUCCGAUCGCAGGGACCCUACCAUGCCCCAGUUCCGACCAAACUCUCUCGCACCUCUACCAACCAAUUCGCAGAAUGGCUCAUGCAGCUCUUCAGAGACUGGUGCGGCUUCUGAAACUGACGAGUCAUCAGUGUCAACAAACGAAGACGCAGACCCCGGCCGAUGUUUCUUUGUAUGCGCAGCCCACGAUGGUUUGAAACGAUACCCAGGAAGAAAACGAUCCACAGAUUCGACAUCAGAACCAGAAUCCGGUUCUCCAUCAACAGUUGCCGCGGCAGCCGAUGUCAGCGAACGGGUUCUUGAGCUCAUGCCCCUCUCGUGCCCCGCAGAGCCAGGAGGUCCAACACCAGAUACAGUGCAGCUGAACUGGUAUUCCGAUGUUCCAGAGCGUCAUUUCCUCUUUAUCCAAAACCUAGAGGGUACAAAUCUCGUUCAAUGCGGGUGCAACCAAAUCAGCCACUCGACGGAUCCUUACCACCCCGAGACAAACCAAGUGAAGCCCUUGCAGCGCUCUAUCCGCCGGGUGGCUAUGAACCCUCAAUCUCCACUCCAUCUCAUAAUGCUCGCCAGUCUUGAAAGUGUGGAUCAGGAAAUCAAUCGUCGCAAGGGUGGUGGGUUGAUCAACUUGGAGGAGUUUUCGGAGCAUAUGAGACAGGGACAGUUGCGGUUUUUGGAGUCAUGGAUGGAUUGGGUGGGGAUUUGAGGGACAAUGCUGGGGCUAUGGCUAUGUGAUCCGAUAUACUGAGUUUAGAUUUCGUAUCAGUAUAGAGAGAUCAUAUACAUGUCCUGAAGACCUAUGCAAUACAAACGUCAUGUUUCUUGUACUUCUCUCAGGUUACCUUGUAGUAUGAGAUAGUCAUUUCUUGCACGAGUGCUCUUAACGUCUAACGGGUGGAGCGUAGAUGUUUUGAUCAAGCUAAGAAUAUUCGGGUGUCGUGAGAACAUUGUACCAGCAUGGCUUUGCAGAGUUUCUAUGUAAACCUGGUGGAUGUACAUUUCAAUGAUGAAGCGUAUGUAGCUUGAGUGGCAGAUAC